GAGUGAGUGAGUGAGUAGAUUUUAGGCAGAGAAGAUACGACAAGCAGCAGGCUUAGCUGAGUAGUGGGACCUAAUACUGGAGUUUCCUGCACUGGAAAAGAUAGUGGAGUAGGUAGGCUGCAGGUAACUAGAAGGGAGGAGAGAUUCCGUUCCCGGGGUUGGUGGCGCCAAACGUUUUAAACUGGAUCCUCGAAAGAAUGUUCAAAAUGCUACAUAAUCAAAUAGUACAUGACAUAUUUAAGAGAAAUUCUGUACCUGAAGUAAAUGUGAACUGGGAAGAAGUUUAGAGUGGCAAAAUGAACACUGAAGACAAAGAAAACCAGCUUUUUGAACCACAUGAAAGCAGAGUGAAAACUCCUCUGAAACAAAAAGCUGCCUCCAGUUUGUUCUUGGUAGAGAUCCAGCCUGCUGCUUCUUGCCAUCUGAGGACACCACCAAAGCCUAAUGAAAUCUCUCCUGCAGAUCCAUGGACACCAACAGCUAAUCUUAAAAUGCUGAUCAGUGCAGCUAGUCCUGAGAUUAGAAAUCGUGAACAGAAGAAAAAAUCAAUGGACAGCAGAAGUGAAACUCUUGAGGACCAUUUAUCAGGCGAUGAAUAUGAAAAAUCCCAACCAAGCCGUAAAGAGAAAAGUUUAGGAUUGCUGUGUCACAAAUUUUUAGCUUACUAUCCACAUUAUCCCAGCCCUUCCGAAAACAAUGAAAUUUGCCUUGAUGAAGUAGCAGAAGAGCUUAAUGUUGAACGCAGACGCUUAUAUGACAUAAUGAAUGUUCUAGAAAGUCUUCAUAUGGUGAACCGGCUUGCCAAAAACAAGUAUGCUUGGCAUGGAAGUCAUAAUCUUAAAAGAACACUACAGGUUUUGAAAAAAGUGGCUGAGGAGAACAAGUACCUGCAGCAAAUUCAGUUAAUUAAAAGAAGAGUACAUGAAGAAGAGCCUGAGGGGAACAAUCAGAAGAUUGAGUUGGUGGGAAAGCAUGAUAUUUCAAAUAACCAUGUGGAUAUAAGCUUUGUUGAACUUCCUGGGAUGGAAUUUCGAGGAGCUUCAGUAAACAGUCGUAAAGACAAAUCAUUAAGAGUGAUGAGUCAGAAAUUUGUGAUGUUGUUCCUUGUAUCAGUCCCUCAAGUUGUGAGUCUUGAAACUGCUGCUAAAAUUUUGAUUGGUGAAGACCACACUGAGAAUUUAGAUAAAGGCAAGCUUAAAACUAAAAUCCGGAGACUAUAUGAUAUUGCUAAUGUUCUCAGCAGCCUUGGUCUAAUCAAGAAGGUUCAUGUUAAAGAAGAAAAGGGCUGCAAGCCAGCAUUUAAAUGGACAGGACCAGAUGUUUUUUCAGAUGUUCAGGAUGCACUGUCUGUACUUUCACCAGCUGGUAUUGCUCCAGCUCAUCCUGUGGAACAGAAGACUUCCAAAGAGCAUUGUUCCAAGAACCUUUUCCCCACAAGAUGUAAACAAGGCUUCACACGGCAUCCAUCCUUAAUAAAAUUGCCAAAGAAUAUACAGAAUGAUCAUAGAAAAAUUCGUUCUGCUCCAAGCAGUCCCAUCAAGAAAAACACAAGUCACAUUCCAUCAAGUUUUCCAAGCAAGAUGGCUCAACUUGCAGCGAUUUGCAAACAGCAAUUAGAUGAACAAUCAAGGGAACUGAAAAACACUAAAUUGAGAGUGGCAUCCUCUCCCUUGCCAUGUACUCUGGCUUUGCAACCUGAAUCUUGUUUGAAAUCUGAAACGUUGCCUUCUCAUGUAGAAGUUCUGCCUCUGAUCCACAGCUCAGCGUCUCCACCAGUACUACCUAAUAUCCAUUCCAAAGUAUCGUACACAGUGUAUGUGCAUCCUUCCCAAACACAGAUAGCAACAGCAUACAAUCCAAAUUUCACAGUGCAGCCUGUUCCCUGUGCUAAUGUGAUUGGAAUCACAUACCCUGCAGAAACUGUUUCAAAAGCGGCACCAGGUAAAAUGUAUGCUAAAGGCAAUGACAACUUGGAAGAGAGUGAUGCUCAUGCUAAAGGUGAGAGCAUCAGGGCUGCCAAGAAGCAAGAAGGUUCCAAAGAUGACUGUACACCAGAUAAAUUUCUUAAAAGGUGUAAAUUAGUACUGGAGUAUAGUCCAGUUAAAAAAUGUAAAAGUGAAGAGGUAAAGCUUCAAGACAUGUUACAGGGAGAAUCCAUUAAGAAUUCAAACUCUCAGCCUUCCUUAGCUUUAAAUCUGGACCAGGAAGUCUUAGCUUCAUCAGCAGAAGAACAAAAUAAAUACAAAAGCAUGAAGCAAAGCACGGGAGAUGAAUCCAAGCAGCAGAAACAGAGAAAUGGUUUGGGAGAUGACAGUUCCUUCCCAGCACAGGAGAUGCCUGUACACAAGGCUUGGUUUCCUUCAAGUUACCUUAUACCUCUUACUCAGUGCACCCAACUUGGUAAUGAUAUCACUGUUUCUAACAAAGGGAAAGCAGAGAUGUGUUUAGCAGAACGAAAGUCCUACAGUUCCCUUACUGCUGGUGACAUUCCAGUGACAUCUGAAUUUACACCAGUUAAUCUCCCUGCUUUUCAUAUAACACCCAUGAAUCUAAUGUUACCAACUUCUCCUGUACCUACCAUCCCUGUGGUAAACAGCACUGUUCUUUCUUCAGUGGCUCAUGCUAAUCCUACCCAGGCCCCAAGUUCUUCUGUCCUGAACUUUACACUACAGCACUUGGGACUGAUAGCAGCGACUCUGCAAAUGUCUGCAGAUCCAGGAUCUGCCCAGAUUCAUCAAGGAGUAGAAUGUGUUAAUUUUGUCUCCAAAAGGGUAGAUUUCAUGCAAGGAAAAACACUGCAGUGCAGCCAUGAGAUAAAUGGAAAACAAGUUCUAACAAUUCCAUUACAGCAGGCCACAGUUCCUGUUAGAUGUGGAGUUUCUCAGGAAGGUAAUACAAUCUUCUGCGCAGCAAGCAAACCAGCCAUAGUUCCUAGCUCUUUGUCUGCUCCUGAAUCAAAUAUUGAUGAGUUCCAAGGAACAUUGUUAGAGUUUCAGAGAGAACUUGAUGCAUCAACAGAAGAUCAGUUUUGACUUGAGAGAGAAUACUGUUGAUCUCUUUUGAACAGAUGUAAUCAUAGCUCUUGGUAAAUUGAUAUUAUAAGCUGGUUGAAUGUGUAAUAUGGAAAUUAUCUUGAAAUGUGCAGAUGGUUUCAUCAUGCUGAAGUAGCUUUUAACUUACUGUUCUACUCAAUUGACUUGAGCUCUUACAAGAACAAGGACAUUUGUCAACAUCUGUAAAAAGCUUACAUAAAGAAGCAUUAUAAGAACUCAAUUUAAAUAUCUGAUUUCGUAGUUGUAUAGAAUAAAGCUGUUCAUUAUUUGCACAGAAAUGUACUAGCUUCAUGAAUUGUGUAUUGCAAAUAGCAAGCAUGUAAUAUAUUUUUGAAACUGUGAAGGUGCUGGUUAUUUUAGUUAAAAUAACACUUAAUUCUUUUUAUUAAUACUGUUUUAAAAUAUAAAAUUUUAAUCACGUCUAUAUAUAAGAUUUGUUUAAGGCACUAAUCAAUUUCUUCAAAAUACAUCAAUUUCUUCAAA